GGCUCGAUUGAGUUCGUCCACCUCGGCUGCCUUCGGUACUGGAUCCGGGGUCGCCUGAACCUGACAGACGGAGCUAGUGGAGGUUCCUAUUUCUACCGUCCGCUGGCUUGCGAGCUGUGCAAGGCGACAUACCCAACGUACGUCCACAUGGCGCAGGACCGUGUGCCUCUCGUCGAGGUGCCGCGAACGACACCUCCAUUUAUUGUGCUGGAGAACCUCGUGAGGGACUCGCAGCAGCAUGCCACUCGGGGCUUGCACGUCAUCUCGCUGGCGGAGAAGGUUCUGAAGCUCGGCCGUGGGCAUGACAGUGACGUCCGCAUUGCAGACGUCUCUAUCUCCCGCUGCCACGCGAUGAUUCGUUACAGCCAGGGUAACUUCGUCCUGCAGGACAACGACAGCAAAUUUGGCACCUUGGUGGCCAUGAAGAAGCCGCGGCAGUUGGA